CCAAGACGUGAAGUGGAUCAAGGGAGAGAACCAGUCUAGUACAAGGUCAAGGCAAACACGUGGAAUUCGUACUUGGUAUUAUAAACGUUGUUCUUCUUCGUCACCUACACAACAACAUAAGAUGAGUUUGUGCAAGAUCAUACGAGGCCUAUCGGUUUCUCUUCCACGUUGCCGACUUCUGUUACAGUCACAGAAUGUAUCGAGAAUCGCAAGAACAUCAGUUGGGUUUCAACAAACGGCUUUUGAACCACAUAUCCUGCCUGCUGCAAGUUUCUGUACAACAAAUACUGAGAGAGAGUCAGUGUUUAUGACAUUAUUGGGUGUGCCCUGGAGAUCAUCUGAAAAGGACAUUGUAGAUUUCUUAAAAGGUAUACAUGUUCAGGACGUAAUAUUUGAAUAUAAAGGAUAUCACCAAACAGGGAGGGUAUAUGUCGAAGUAUCGGAAAGUGAUGUUUCAGAUGUUCUGGCAAAAGAUAAAGAAUAUAUUGGGACCCGAUAUAUAAAUGUGACUGAAGCCAAUGAAUCGGACAGAAGUGUUAUUUCCAAUUUGCAAGAAGAGUUAAAAAAGAAACCUAAGACAAAUACUGAGUCAGUGUAUGUGCAAUUGCUAGGUGUGCCCUAUAAUGUAACUAAAGAAGAGAUUCGGGAUUUCUUAACAGGUUGUCAAGUUGAGGAAAUAUUAUUUGAUUAUGAUGAUUCUCGCAAGAACGGAAUUGUUUACGUACGAGUACCAAACGACGAUGUUCAAACAGCUGUAGCCAAAGACAGAGAAUAUAUCGGGGCCCGAUAUGUCAAGGUGUUGGUUAAUGAUAGUGAAAGGACUAGACACCUUAUUCCUCGACUUCAAGGGAUAGAGAAGAAAAUGCAGUUCCUGAAAUUUGAUUUGGAAAAGUCAGAUAUGACAUACAUUUCAUUGCAUGGAGCUCUGCACUCGAGCGGGCGUGAAGAAAUCGGAAAUUUCUUAGAAGUGCCUAUAGAAGAAAUGUUAUUCAGAGAAGUAGCAGGAGACGCUCAAGGCAUGAAGUAUAAUAAUAUUUAUUGCUUGAUCAACAAGAAGGAUUUGGGGGAAGCUUUGAAAAAGGACGGGACCUAUGAGGGUAAUCGAUAUAUCAAAGUGCAGAAGACUCCUGACCAUGCAAUGCAACAUUUGGCUUUUGCCAAAACGAUGUGAAAUUGAGACAAAAUUAUUUGAAUUCACUGUGAUAUUCUGAUAGAUGACGUCCCAAACUUGGCCAACAUUGAUGUAGAAGUCUGGUGAUGCCACAGAUACACAGAAUGUGUGGCACUUGUAACACACAGAGAGGGUUGCACUGCUAUUUCCAUUAAGAUAAUGAGUCUUUUGGUUUACAGACUGGUGCUCCAUUAUAGUUAUCUUGUGUAUUUUAUCAUUGCCAGAAAUCAUGAAUAUCUUAUCUGUUGUAGAGGAUUCAUAUUUUGGUCAAACAAUUUUAUACCAUGUCAGUGAUGUGUGUGUGUGUGUGUGUGAGAUUAGAUUGAUUAUUUCUCUGAUGCUACACUGGUUCAGAGAGUACUGAAGGUGUAUGGUAAACUGUUGGAUCAGCAAAUGAUGAUAAUUUGCAUGGAAGUGGAGGCAUUCAUGUCUUCCAGACAUUUUUGUAGCUACAGAUAACUUGAUGUAUUCCAUUUAGUUAAGGAGAAAAA